GGAGAGCUGAAGCUUGAAGAGAUCUCACUUGCUGAAGACGAAAACUCCUGCGUCUCUUUCUGCCCCCAAAUUCUCUCUCGCUCGAUCGAUCUAAUCGCCAUGACGAAGCAGCACGCUAACUGGUCUCCUUACGACAACAAUGGAGGAACAUGCGUGGCGGUAGCAGGUGCGGAUUACUGCGUAAUCGCGGCAGAUACUCGGAUGUCCACGGGCUACAAUAUUCUCACUCGCGAUUACUCCAAAAUCAUUAAACUUGCAGAUAAAUGUGUGAUGGCGUCUUCUGGGUUUCAGGCUGAUGUGAGAGCUUUGCAAAAGCUUUUGGCAGCCAGGCAUUUGAUCUAUCAACACCAACACAACAAGCAGAUGAGCUGCCCAGGGAUGGCUCAGUUACUUUCAAACACCUUGUACUACAAACGGUUUUUCCCUUACUACUCUUUCAAUGUUGUAGGGGGCCUUGAUAGCGAAGGCAAAGGGUGUGUUUUCACAUAUGAUGCUGUUGGAUCAUAUGAGAGGGUUGGUUACAGUUCUCAAGGUUCGGGUUCUACGUUGAUCACGCCUUUCUUGGAUAACCAGCUGAAGUCUCCUAGCCCACUGUUGUUACCUGCCGUGGAUGCUGUUACUCCACUUUCUGAGAAUGAAGCAAUCGAUUUAGUGAAGACAUGUUUUGCAUCAGCAACUGAGAGGGAUAUAUACACUGGUGACAGGUUGGAGAUAGUCAUAAUGAACUCCGAAGGUAUCCGUCGUGAAGAAAUGGAGCUUAGGAAAGAUUGAUCACCCUGCACCCACCACCUUGUGUUACUAGUUCUUGUUGGUUGUAGACACUGAAUCUUCCUUCCAAUCGCACUCUAUGUAUUUCCGUUUUGAAUUAUGUAAUUUGAAUUGCAUUUGUUACCAACUAAAAACGGUAAUAGACUAUGGAGAGCUGGUUUGUCAAACCUCUUUUCUCU